AUGCCUCCUGAGGGGGCCUGGCCAAAAGGGCUCCAUGCAUGCAAGGAGCCGGAGGCUGCCGGGGCCCAGUGUCCCAUCCACUCGCCCCAGUUCCGGGACGUGGACGCGAGGGGCCCGGGGCCUUUCGCUUUCCCGGAAACCGCCAGCCCGACGGAGGGGGCGGGGCUUCUCGCCGGCGAGCGGGGGCGGCAGGUGAGGCAGGAAGAUGAGCAGCAAGAAACGGGGGCCCAAAGCUGCACCAGGGAAGCGGCGAACGCACUCCCCUGCGGCGGGGUUGAGAGCUGUGGCUGGUCUGAGCUCGGGCAGCGGGCGCCGUCCGCGGUUCCGGCCAUACUUCUGUCGCCCGGAGGAAACCUUCGCUGGGAGCCAGCCUGCGCCCUGGCAGGCCCCAGAGCCCUGCGGAGGAGGAGAACUUUUGCGGGGCCAGACGCGGAGGACCGAGCGGCCACCGUCAUCCAGUGCGCCUUCCGGCGGCUGCUGGCCCGGAGGGAGCUGGCGCGCCGGCGGCGGGAGCGGCGGGACUACCGGCAGCGGAUGGAGCAGCUGCAGCGGGACGUGAGGCCGGGCCGCGCGGCGGUGGGGGCGGCCGGGACGCCCGGAACCCCGGGGGCCGGUGCGCGCACGGGUGGGGGCUCCUCGGUCCGCGUGUGCCCGCAGGCCUUCGUGGCCCUGGUGCGCAGGGAGCAGGAGGCGGCGCGGCGGCGGCGGGCGGCGGCGGAGGCGGCCGAGCGGCGGCGGCGGGAGGAGCGGCGGCGCGGGGCGCGGCUGCGGGAAGCGGCCUUCGACGGCGACCUGGGCGAGAUCCGGGCGGUGCUGCGGGAGGCGGACGAGCUGCUGACCCGCGAGGGCCUGGGCCACGACGAGGCGGGGGCGGCGCAGCGGCGGCGGCGGCGGGUGGCGCUGGUGGAGAGCGAGGACGCCGGCGGGAACACGCCGCUGUCGGAGGCGGCGGCCGGCGGGCAGCCCCUGGCCAUCCAGCUGCUGGCCGAGCAGGGCGCCAGCCCCAACAGCAAGGGCGCCUUCGGCCGGACGCCGCUGUACCGAGCAGCCUUCGGGGGGCACCUGGAGGCCGUGGAAGUGCUGCUGAGGCUCGGAGCGGACCCGCGGGUGUACGCGGAUGACGGCAGCACCCCGCAGCAGGUGGCCUCCCUGGACACUGUAGCCCGUGUGCUGCAGUCGUGGGACCUGUACCUCACGGAUGCCAUGCUCCAGAGCAUGGAUGCUGAGAGGCAACGCCAGGCCCGGGAGGCUGAGCAGCAGGAGGAGGCAGAGGCCAGGCGCAUGAACCUCAACGUACAACAGCUGGCGAAGGCACAGCACCAGCGGCAAACGCAGCUGCAGCAGGCCUACUGUGAGCUCAACCGGAGGACCAGGGAACACGAGGAGCGCGGAUGGAGGGACCCGCACCGGGCCGAGCUCACCCUGCAGGCCAUCAAGGAUGCAGAGGCCCGAGUGGACAGACUGCGGCUGCAGGCCCGGGAGGCUGCGGAGGCGCUAGCCAUGGCCAGGCUGGAGCUUCGGGAGCAGACGCAGGAGGGCGGGGAGGAAGAGAUGCCCGGGCUGAAAUGCCAGGUCCCGGAGCUGCACGACGUACUCAUGAAGGACGUGGGUGGCCGCAUCCGCGCCGACGGCCGGUGGCCGCUUGUUAUCGACCCUUCGGGCCAGGCGGCCACCUUCCUGCGCUACCAGGACACCAACUAUGUGGUUGCGGUGAACCCAGCGCACCUGCGGCCAGAGAGGCUCCGGCUGGCGCUGCUGGGGGCACUUAGGUACGGAAAGCCGCUGGUGUUCGACCUGUGCGAGGCGGACCUGUUCCCCGUGGUGCAGCAGCAGCUGGAGGCCGUGCGGCCGGGGCUGGCGCAGGAGCUGCUGGGCGGGGCUAUCCUGGAGCAGGAACGCUACCUGUCGCUGCUGCGGCCGGCCGACGGGCCGGAGUACAGCCCCUCGCAGUUCCAGCCCGCGCGCCUGGGGCGCUUCCGCGUCAUCUUCGUCACCAAGGCCCAGUGGCCGCCGACGGAGCAGCUGCAGGUGCUUCUCCCCGUGCGGGUGCUGCUACCCGGCGGGGGCCUCUAGGGCCUCGGGAGCUCGCUGAGCGGGGCACGGGCCCAGCCUUGUGGCGGCAGACAGAGGGAUAGACAGGAAGUAAAAUG